AUGAUCGGAUGCAGUUUCCGUGCGUCCCAGAGAGUCGUCGCUGGCGAAGAUGAGUGGUUAGACGGGGGCGGGGGUGGAGGAACCGCGGGAAGAACGGUGAUUGCAGUUCCAGACGGAGGUGGCGAAGGCAUCGACAUCCAAAGAGAUGGCGGGGGUGGAACGGCCGAAGGAGGAGUAGCUAGUAGUAGAGCUGUGACUAGCGGAGGAGUGGCCGAUGGCAGGGCUGAGAACGGUGGAGGAGUAGCCGAUGGUGGUGGGGGUGGAGGAACCGCGGCAAGAACAGUGAUUGCAGUUCCAGAUGGAGGUGGCGGGGGUGGAACGGCCGGAGGAGGAGUAGCUGGCUAUGGAGCUGAGACUGGCGGAGGAGUGGCCGAUGGCGGGGUUGAGACCGGUGGAGGAGUAACCGAUGGUGGCAGUGGUGACUGGAGAGAGAGAGGGGAGUAG